AGGACGCGGCGAGUCACGAGGAUGGGUAACAAGUCAGGAACAGGGCCCUUCACACCAAUUGUCGUCGUUGUGCGCAACGCUAUGGGAAAGAAAGAGUUCAACCAAUUUAGAGGGAAGGCUAUAUCCCUACAUUCUCAAGUAAUAAAAACCUUUGGAGCACAGAUUGGAGCAGAACAGAAGCAGGUGCAAGGGCUGAUCAGGCUAGCAAAGAAAAACGGGGAGAAGUUGGGCUUCCUAUCAUAA